AUGAGGGAACUGCUGGCCGAGCAUUUGUGGCAGGACACCCAAACAUUGCAGUUUGACAGGAAGAAGUUUGUGAUCAUCGCGGUGGAAGGCAGCCAACAGACGGAAUCAAUCUUUUUCACCGAUCAUCAUACAAAAAGCGCGUAUUUCGUGAAAUUCUCUGCAUCACAGCAUCGUUUCAUGAUGCGAAUGCGUCAGUGGAAAUCGACAUUACGCGUUGAGAACUCGAUUCAAGCGAUGCCAGACGUCUGUGUGGAAGGUCGUGAGCCUCCGCCGCCUAUACAACAAGUACCUGGU